AUGGCCCUCGGAAUCAGCGCCGCUCCGACUAGCAAUAUCGCUGCUCUGUCUCGCAGACAAGGUUCCAGUACGGACAGCACUGUCGCGGGUGCCAACACAAUUGUUGGAACGACAUUUGCUGGUGCACAGAACGUUGGUUCCAACUCACUUAGUGAGACUGGCGACCUUGCUUCUGCACCAUUGACUACUGGAUGA